AUUCUAAUCUUAAAUCAUAAAUCCAUUCCGCACCUCUCAUACACCCUCUAAUCCAAAUUCCAAACCAUUUUUACCAAACCCAGCCCACAACCCAAACCCAAACCCCUAUUCUUUCUUCAUUCUAUUCCAGUUCCACCAUUACAACAUGUAUAUAACGCAAUCUAACGAAAAUUACGAAAUUGUCCCGGGGAAGAUCAACCAGAACCAGGGCUGAAAUGUCACCGCCGCCGCAGCAGCCACUGACCAGCCUCCAAGACAACCUGGUGGUCGGGCUUCCGUCGCUGCCAGAUCUCUUCCUCACAGCCCUCUCCGUCUGCCUCCUAUUCACGUCAUCGACAUCCAAAUCUCACAGCAUAACCGCCACAAGGUGCCCCUUCCUCUCUUUCCCUCUCAACCCACGCCGAUUCCUAAAAAUCCCCGCCAUGUCCCAUUCUGCCACGACAUCACCACCAUCGACACCCUCUCUUUUUCUCCUCCCUCGCCGCCACAACUUCGCGUCCCCUCAGUCCCUCUCCGACUGGCUGAAACCGCGUUUGCCCUCCGAUUCGUUCGCCUCAUGGGGAAUCAAGCCUGGAACCAAGAACGUCCAUAACCUAUGGCUCGAGCUCGCAGAGGGUGAAACCUCCCUUGCCGAUUCCACACCUCCGAUUCGCACCGUUCAGGUCGUCACCGUCCGCGUCGCCGGGAAACACGGCAAGUUUCUCGUGGAGGCGUACCAGGAGCUCUCCGAUGGCAACGUUAGGAAGCGUGGCCGGCCUUUGUCGGAGAAGAUGAAGCCCAACGAAGAUCCCGAAUCCGCCGCCGUGAGGGCAAUUAGGGAAGAGCUUGGCUCCGUCAUCAUCGGUGGUGGAGAAGCUGGGGUUAUUGAGGUGGAGGACAUUGUUCGGAUCGAUCCAAAUUCGUACGAGAUGAGGGUGGAGGAGAAGGUUUCGGAUUCGUAUCCGGGUUUGCCCGGUUGCUAUGUGCUUCACACGGUGUGUGCCACCGUGGAAGGGUUGCCUGAGGGUGAUUUCUGCACCUAUGAGGUUGAGGAGUAUGGGGCUUCUGAAGAGAAGAAUCUCGCGGAUAAAGCUGUGUCUGUUAAGAAGCAUUAUUGGACAUGGGUUAGUGCUGAUUCCAUCAAACCUUGAUUGAUGACAUUUUCUUUUUGUUUUCUUAAUUUUGGGGUUGUGUUGAGAGUUUCUCUUUAUUUAUAGAUAUGGGAAUUGAUGCCAACAUUUUUGUACAUGUAAGUAAACUAUGACUUUAGCUUUUGGGAUUGGGGUGAUAAUAAAGUGGGAGUUUAAGCUUCUGCUUCUGGUUGGUGUUAAUAAGGCCAUUACAAUAUAUAUACAACCGGUAUAUAGAAUUUUACUGUUUUCUGUGUAACUAUCUAUGUGGAUUACAUGAUUUGGUUUCAAAA